AGCACAUUCAUGUUGCUCCGUUCAGACACUACGUAACCGUAGUGGAUGUUAUUUAGCAGCUGAUGUGUUUUACCUGCAGACACAGCAGAGAGAGGAGCCACCAACAUGAGGUUUAAAGUAGCAGAAGCUGGAUUUGUCGUCUUCCUUCUCUCCUCAUCAGUGGUUCUUGGUCAGACUGAUCAUGGAGUGACUUACUCUUCUACUCAGAUCUGUGCUGUAGAAGGAUCAACAGUGGAAAUAAGCUGCAGCUACACAUACCCAUCCAGAAUAAAUGACAACGUCACCGUGGUUGAAAAAGCUGUAUGGUUUACUAAAAUGGAAGGUGGUGAACCUGUGGAUCUGAUGACAGAGGCAGAGUUUUCAGGUCGUGUUCAGUAUCACUGUGAUGAGAACAAGUGCACUCUGAGAAUCUCAGACCUUAGAGAGAGAGACUCAGCUGAGUACAAGUUCAGACUCACAACAAACCAACCAGGAGGGAAAUAUACUGGUUCACCUGGAGUCACUCUGACUGUCUCAGUUCUCCAUGUAGAGGCCAAGAAAACGUCUCCAAUAUUGUAUCCUCGCUGGGCAGAGGUGAAGUGUCAGAGCAGGUGUCGUCUAUCUGCUCGUUCCUACGUCUGGUAUAAGAAUGGAGUGAACAUGAACAAAGACACUGAUUCGAUUGAACAAUACUUUGAUUAUGGAGACAGUGUUUCCUGUGCUGUUAAAGGAUCUGAGAAGUUUCCCUCUCCUCCACAAUGUUCUGUCUAUAGAACCUGCAACAAAGUGACUUACACCGACAGAAGCAUCUGUGCCAUCGAAGGUUCAUCAGUGAACAUUUCCUGCACAUACAGUCAUCAUGAUUAUUAUGAUGAUGUUGUGUCAAAGUUCUGGUUCAGUCCUGAUCGUAGUCGUCAGUGGAUGAAUCCCUCACAGCCUGAGGACCUGAGUAAAGACUCCCAGUAUUCAGGUCGUGUUCAGGUCCUUGAACCAGAGACAAGAAGAUCCACUCUGAGAAUCACUAACCUGACAGAAAGUGAUUCAUCUGAGUAUCACUUCAAAUUCAAGACACGACGGUUUGAAUGGAGAAGUGUUUUACCUGGAACAACUCUGACUGUCACAGCUCUGCAGGUGCAGGUGACCAGAAUAAUAUCAGUCCAUCAGUCUCAAACUGAGGCAGAGCUCAAGUGUCUCAGCAGCUGCAGUCCAGCUGGUCGUCUUUAUGUCUGGUUCAAGAACCAACAGAGAAUCAGGACACAGCAAACUUCUACUUUGACAGACAACUUUUCUCCUGGAGACAACGUCUCCUGUGCUUUCAGUGGACAUGAGGAUUACCGCUCUCCUUCAGUCUAUCCGUCAAAGCUUUCACCUGUAUCAGUGAGUCCCUCUGGUGAGAUAAUGGAGGGUAGUUCAGUGACUGUGACUUGUAGGAAUGAUGCUAACCCAGCAGCUAACUACACCUGGUACAAAGGUAACCAACCACUUCCUCUGGGACCAGGAGGUAUUUAUCAUUUCACCUCCAUCAGCUCUGAGGACAGAGGGAUCUACUACUGCAAGUCUGAGGAUCAACAGUCUGUAUCUGUAUUCAUAGACGUCCAGUAUCCUCCAAAGCUUCCCUCUGUAUCAGCGAGUCCAUCUGGUGAGAUAGUGGAGGGUAGUUCAGUGACUCUGACCUGUAGCAGUGAUGCUAACCCAGCAGCUAACUACACCUGGUACAAGGAGAAUGAAGACUCACCAAAAGCUUCAGGACAGAUCUUCACCAUCACUGAAUUCAAAGCUGAACGCAACGGGAGUUAUUACUGUGAAGCCCAUAACAGAAGAGGACGUCAUAAUUCCAUCACCUUACAUCUGAUUGUUGUAGUAGGAAAAUUACCAGUAAUACUGAAUGUCAUCAGAUUAACUUUGGUGGUGCUGGUGCUGAUUUCUCUGCUUCUUUUGAUUCUGUGUAUGAGGAAGAAGAAACUCUUCAGCUGUGGGACUGAACCAAAUGAACCUGUGGAGGCUAUAGAGAUGCAACAAAACCUCAGACAUGACUCUUCUAUUUCAAAGUAGAAGUUAUUCUAAGUUGGCACAUAGGUGUGGUGGUUAGCACUGAUGCCUCCACGUGAGAAGGUCUGGGUCCAGGUUUGAGUCCAGGUUCGGCUCUUUGUGUGUGGAGUUCACUGUUCUCCCUGUGUCUGCAUAAAUGUUUGUUUGUCUCUCUUUGUUAGUCCUGAGAUAGACCUCUGCUACCCUGAGGAUGAGAUACUAGAUACUAGACAAUGAGAUGAUGCGUUAUUCCAGAUCUGACAUGUCACAAUUUACAUGACACGACGAUGUGUUCUGGUACCUUUUGUUGUGCACUUUGAUUUUCUUUGUAUUUCUGUUUUCUUUUGUGAUAGAUUUUCUCUUUAUAUUUCACUUACUUUUACACUGUUUCUCUCUUAGUUUUCACCUUUUGUUGAAUUUGUGGUUUGAGUAACAGAAUAUUAAAUCAAGCAUAACAUUAUGACCACCUUCCUUAUAUUGUGUUGGUCCUCAUCCCUGACUCAUUGAGGCGUGGACUCCACUAGACCCCUGAAUGUGUGCUGUGGUAUCUGGCACAAAGAUGUUAGCAGCCGAUCAUUUAAGCGCUGCCUUGUGUUGCAUGGUGGUGACUCCAUAGAUCAGACUAGUUUGUUCAGCACAACCCACAGAUACUCACCUGAGGAAUUUGGAGGCCAUGUCAUCACAGCAAACUCAAAUCAACUGUCUAGCCAUCACAAUUUGUCCCUCGUUAAACUUGCUGAAAUCCUCAUAUUUGCCCAUUUGUUCUGCUUCUAACUUUGAGGACUAAAUGUUCACCCACCCACUAACAGGUGCCAUGAUCAAGAGAGAUGAUCAGUGUUAUUUACUUCACCUAUAAGGGGUCAUGAUGUUAUGCCUGGUCUGUGUAUAUUAUACAUUUAGGUUCUGAGGAAUUCAGAUAGAGAGAAAGAUAAAUUCUUCAAAAUAAACAUGUUGAACAGAAAGCUCAAACUCAAACCUGUAGUGUCGACAUUGUUGCAGUUCCAUCUCACUGCAGCAGAGGGCGACAAUAUGCAAGAAGUUGUGGAUUUCAGCUGUAAAUAAACAGUUUUAUGAUAAUAAAGAUUUUAAACAUUCCUU